GGCGCCGGAGCCCGAACCGGAGCGCGAGCGGGGCCCGCGGCGGGGGUCGGCGCAGCGCUGCUGAGGGAGCCCGGGCCGCCCAGCCCGGCCGGCCGCCGCCCGCGGGGCCGCGGCCACGGCCACGGCGGAGGCCGAGAGCCGGGAGCCACGAGAUUUGAGGCGGCGGGACCUGUCAGCAGAAUGUGUCCUCCCCCCGCGCACAGCCCCAAGGCCACCGAGAUGAGAGCCGCGGCUUGGCCCUCGCGAGCGCCAGCGUCUCACUAGCCGGGGUCCGCCGGCCGCCAUGGUGUGCUAGCCCUGGAGAGCCACCUGCGAUCUCACGUCUCCACAGACCCGGGAUUUGCACGGCAGCAGAGUCACCGUGGAGAGGCCAGGGUACCACAAACUUAUGGAUUUUGACAAGAAAGGAGGGAAAGGGGAAUCGGAGGAGGGCCGGAGAAUGUCCAAGGCCGGCGGCCGGACCAGCCACGGUGUCCGGACUUCGGGGACCAGCUCAGGGGUCCUGAUGGUGGGCCCCAACUUCCGGGUCGGGAAGAAGAUAGGCUGUGGCAACUUCGGGGAGCUCCGGCUAGGGAAGAAUCUCUAUACAAAUGAAUACGUAGCUAUCAAAUUGGAGCCCAUCAAGUCCCGGGCGCCGCAGCUGCACCUGGAGUACCGCUUCUACAAGCAGCUCAGCGCCGCAGAGGGCGUCCCUCAGGUCUAUUAUUUUGGCCCGUGCGGGAAGUACAACGCCAUGGUGCUGGAGCUGCUCGGGCCCAGCCUGGAGGACCUGUUCGACCUGUGCGACCGCACGUUCACGCUCAAGACGGUGCUCAUGAUCGCCAUCCAGCUGAUCACGCGCAUGGAGUACGUGCACACCAAGAGCCUCAUCUACCGCGAUGUGAAGCCCGAGAACUUCCUGGUGGGCCGGCCGGGCAGCAAGCGGCAGCACGCCAUCCACAUCAUCGACUUCGGCCUGGCCAAGGAGUACAUCGACCCCGAGACCAAGAAGCACAUCCCGUACCGCGAGCACAAGAGCCUCACGGGCACGGCGCGCUACAUGAGCAUCAACACGCACCUGGGCAAGGAGCAGAGCCGCCGCGACGACCUGGAGGCGCUGGGCCACAUGUUCAUGUACUUCCUGCGCGGCAGCCUGCCCUGGCAGGGGCUCAAGGCCGACACGCUCAAGGAGCGCUACCAGAAGAUCGGGGACACCAAGCGGGCCACGCCCAUCGAGGUGCUGUGCGAGAGCUUCCCAGAGGAGAUGGCCACGUACCUGCGCUACGUGCGGCGCCUGGACUUCUUCGAGAAACCGGACUAUGACUACCUGCGCAAGCUCUUCACCGACCUCUUCGACCGCAGCGGCUUCGUGUUCGACUAUGAGUACGACUGGGCCGGGAAGCCCCUGCCGACGCCCAUCGGCACGGUCCACACCGACCUGCCCUCGCAGCCUCAGUCUCGGGACAAAGCCCAGCUACACGGCAAAAACCAGGUGAGGGGCCGGGCCCAGGACCCCGACGGGGGCGGGCGGGGGCCACGUGACUCCAUGUUGCCCCCUGCCCCCCAGGCGCUGAACUCCACCAACGGGGAGCUGAAUGCCGACGACCCCACUGCCGGUCACUCCAACGCACCCAUCACUGCGCCGGCCGAGGUGGAGGUGGCUGACGACACCAAGUGCUGCUGUUUUUUCAAGAGAAGGAAGAGAAAAUCCUUGCAGCGACACAAGUGACGAGGGCGGUCUCUGGACCCUCUGCCGCGGCCCUCAGGGCGCUUGUCACGGCCGUGGCCCAGCGGACGUGGACUGUGGCCGCCGGGCUGCGAGCCCCCGGCCGCCCUUCACAGACUCGGGCCGAGCUUCCCCCCGUGUCUGGCCGCCCCACCGAGAGCACUAACUGUCCGCCCGGAGCGCGCCGGCCGCCGUUGCAGUGAGUAGAGGCGCCGGUGGUGUCAUAAAGUCCAGCUUGUCUCCCUCGAUCCAAAGGCCGUUUUCUCGAGGGGGCGCUGCGGGCGUCGCUGCCGGGGGCGAGCCGCCUGGGCCUCCCUGCGCCAGAGGGCACGGCGGGGUGGGCGGCCCCCAACCAAAAUGCUGCACCAAAGCUUGGGCCGCCGUGGCCCUCGGGCCAGCCGCGCCUGCUCGCCGAGCUGCGCCCAGACCCGCCCCGGGCGGCCCGCUCGACCCGGCCUGGCAGCCCAUGUGGGCUCCUGUGUCCGCUGCGGCGCUGGCCAGCGAGGGGACGGGCGCUCGGCUGGGCCGCAGGCGCAGGGGCGGCACCCAUGGGACUGCGUGCGUCCUGGAGGCCCGGGCGCUGUGCAGGCGGCCGUGCGUCUGGGUCCUGCUUCACCGAGUGUACAGAAUGGCACUUCCGUUUCUCUCAUGCUUCCUGGAAGCCAUAGAACUUAGGGGCUUUUUUAAAAAAAUAAAGGAAAACGAAACCAG